CGUCACUUGGCUGCACUUCAAGUGCUUGAAUAUUUCAAAAAGCCUACCUACCUACUCUGGAAUUAAAGCGUACAAAUAAAAACAAUAAAAUGGGUCUCGGGAUAAUCGUUGGCGUGCUGCAUUUCAUCAAAAUUGCAUUGCCAUUGUGACAUUAAAAUGCAAUUUGUGUUGUGACUAUCAAACUGUGCCCUCUUUUUCGGCGGAUUAAUAUUUCUGUAAAUACCAAUUGGCCGGCAAACAGCUGCCGCAAACGCCAGACAAGCAGCAGAGCACCCAGGAAAAUAAAGGAAACCCCCAGGAAACCCAGAAAAAAACAGAGGAGAAAAAAAUAAAAAUACAUCAGCAACACAGGCACAGCCAAACAUGUCGACCAUAAAGCUGCUCAUUAUCGGUCACCUUUGGCCCUCGAUUGGCCUGAUCUCCUUGCUGGUCUUUCUGCUGGCCUCCGUCUCCGGCGAUGACUCGCUGGACACGCGUGAGGGCGUCGAUCUGGUGCUCAAGUGCCGCUUCACCGAGCAUUACGACUCGACCGACUUCACCUUCUACUGGGCGCGAUGGACCUGCUGCCCCACAUUGUUCGAGAACGUGGCCAUUGGCGACGUGCAGCUCAACUCGAAUUAUCGCUUGGACUUUCGGCCGAGUCGCGGUAUUUACGAUCUGCAAAUCAAGAAUACCUCCUAUAAUCGGGAUAAUGGACGCUUUGAGUGCCGCAUCAAGGCCAAGGGCACUGGUGCCGAUGUCCAUCAGGAGUUUUAUAAUUUAACAGUACUCACAGCACCACAUCCGCCGAUGGUAACGCCUGGAAAUCUGGCCGUGGCCACCGAGGAGAAGCCUCUGGAGUUGACCUGUGGCAGUAUAGGAGGUUCUCCAGAUCCUAUGAUCACCUGGUACCGCGAGGGCAGCACCGUGCCACUGCAGUCGUAUGCGCUGAAGGGCGGAUCGAAGAACCACUAUACCAACGCCACCCUACAGAUUGUUCCCAGACGGGCCGACGACGGCGCCAAGUACAAAUGCGUUGUCUGGAAUCGUGCCAUGCCCGAGGGUCACACGCUGGAGACCAGCGUCUCCCUGAAUGUCAACUACUAUCCCCGCGUGGAGGUGGGACCCCAGAACCCUCUCCGCAUUGAACGCGACCAUGUGGCCAAGUUGGAGUGCCGCGUGGAUGCCAAGCCCAUGGUCAGCAAUGUGCGUUGGUCCAGGAAUGGCCAAUAUGUAAGUGCCACGCCCAUUCAUACGAUCUAUCGGGUGAAUCGUCAUCAUGCCGGGAAAUACACCUGCAAUGCGGAUAAUGGUUUGGGCAAAACGGGAGAAAAGGACAUCGUCUUGGAUGUCCUGUACCCACCCAUUGUGGUGAUCGAAUCCAAGACCCAUGAGGCUGAGGAGGGAGAAACCGUGCUCAUUCGUUGCAAUGUCACUGCCAAUCCAUCACCAAUAAAUAUAGAAUGGUUAAAAGAGGGAGCUCCCGACUUUAGACAUACCGGAGAGCUCUUAACCUUGGGUUCCGUGAGGGCAGAACAUGCUGGAAACUAUAUCUGCAGAUCGGUGAAUAUCAUGCAACCUUUCAACUCCAAGAGAAUCGAGGGUGUGGGCAACUCCACGGUGGCUUUGCUGGUCCGCCAUCGUCCUGGUCAGGCUUAUAUAACGCCCAAUAAGCCAGUGGUUCAUGUGGGCAAUGGUGUUACCCUAACCUGCUCCGCCAAUCCACCGGGCUGGCCUGUGCCACAGUAUCGCUGGUUCCGGGACAUGGACGGUGAUAUUGGAAAUACGCAAAAGAUCCUGGCCCAAGGCCCGCAGUACUCCAUCCCAAAGGCACACCUGGGCAGCGAGGGCAAGUACCAUUGUCAUGCGGUGAAUGAGUUGGGCAUUGGUAAGAUAGCCACCAUCAUACUGGAGGUGCAUCAGCCGCCGCAAUUCCUGGCCAAGCUGCAGCAACACAUGACAAGAAGAGUGGGAGAUGUAGACUAUGCGGUGACCUGCAGUGCCAAGGGUAAACCCACUCCGCAAAUUAGAUGGAUUAAAGAUGGCACUGAGAUCCUGCCCACGCGGAAGAUGUUUGAUAUAAGGACCACGCCCACAGACGCCGGCGGUGGUGUGGUGGCCGUGCAGAGUAUUUUAAGGUUCAGGGGCAAGGUCAGACCCAAUGGGAAUCAGUUGUUACCCAACGAUAGAGGCUUAUUCACCUGCCUGUACGAGAAUGAUGUGAAUUCUGCCAACUCAUCGAUGCAUCUGCGGAUCGAACAUGAACCUAUUAUUAUUCAUCAAUAUAACAAAGUGGCCUACGAUUUGAGGGAAUCUGCAGAAGUGGUCUGCCGGGUUCAGGCCUAUCCCAAACCCGAAUUUCAAUGGCAAUAUGGCAACAAUCCCUCGCCUUUGACCAUGUCCUCGGAUGGUCACUAUGAGAUUAGUACCAGAAUGGAGAAUAAUGAUAUUUAUACCUCCAUCCUGAGGAUAGCUCACCUGCAGCACUCGGACUAUGGGGAAUACAUCUGUCGGGCAGUGAAUCCCUUGGAUAGCAUAAGAGCCCCGAUAAGAUUACAACCCAAGGGAGCCCCCGAGAAGCCCACGAAUCUAAAGAUCCUGGAAGUGGGUCACAACUAUGCCGUACUUAGCUGGCAACCCGGCUUCAAUGGUGGCUUCAUGGGCACCAAAUAUCUGAUAAGCUAUCGUCGGGUGGCCACACCCAGGGAGCAAAGCCUGUCGGAUUGCUCGGGACAUGGCUAUAUACCCAGCUAUCAGAUCAGCUCUUCCAGCAAUUCCAAUCACGAGUGGAUCGAGUUCAAUUGCUUCAAGGAGAAUCCCUGCAAGCUGGCGCCUUUGGAUCAGCACCAGAGCUACAUGUUCAAGGUUUAUGCCUUGAACUCCAAGGGAACUUCGGGUUAUUCCAAUGAGGUUUUGGCCACCACAAAAGUCAGCAAGAUUCCACCUCCAUUGCACGUUAGCUAUGAUCCCAAUUCCCAUGUUUUGGGCAUCAAUGUGGCUGCCACUUGCUUAUCCCUGAUUGCCGUGGUGGAAUCGUUGGUUACCCGCGAUGCCACUGUACCCAUGUGGGAGAUUGUGGAGACUCUGCCACUGCCUUCUUCGGGCAGUGAGACCACCUUCAAGGAGGCUGUUAUUAAUCACAUGUCCAGGCCAGCUCACUAUACCACGGCUACCACAUCUGGCAGGAGUCUGGGAGUGGGAGGAGGAGCGGUAGGCACUCAUCUGGGUGAGGAUCGCACCAUGGCCUUGGCGGAGACAGCGGGUCCUGGGCCAGUGGUGCGGGUGAAGCUGUGCCUGAGAUCAAACCAUGAACACUGCGGGGCCUAUGCGAAUGCAGAAAUUGGUAAAUCCUACAUGCCUCACAACUCCUCCAUGACCACCUCCGCCCUGGUGGCCAUCAUCAUUGCCUCGCUUUCCUUCUGCGUCUUCUUGGCCCUGCUCUAUGCCUUCUGUCGCUGCCGCAGGACUCAUGCCGCCAAAAAGGACAGUGCUGGGGAUGCCAACACAACUCCUGGAGGAGGAGGAGCAGGAGCAGGAGGCAUUCCAGCCGGGGGCAAAGAGUACGACCUUGACUUGGACGCCAGCCGUAGACCUUCGCUCAACGAAAACGACCCGCAGCAAUCCCAGCAGCAGCAGCAACCCCUACCACCGCCCCCAUACUAUCCCAGUGGCAGCCUGGACUCCAAGGAUAUGGUGGGUGGUAAUGGUGGCAUGGAACUCACCCUCACUGCCCUCCACGAUCCCGACGAGCAGUUGAAUAUGCAACAGCAGCAGCACCACAAUAACCACGGCCAGUACCAGCAGCCCAAAGCCAUUCUGGGAAUUUACGGAGGCGGUGGGGGAGGAGGUGGAGGAGGAGGUGGUGCAGGAGCUGGAGCCAGUUCCGGCGGACAGCAUCCACAUUCGAACGGCUAUGGCUAUCAUGUGACAAGUGCCAUCGGCGUGGACGGCGACAGCUAUCAAGUGCUGCCCACCGCUGGCAACUCAGCAGCCGGAUCGCAUGGACACGGACAUGGACAUGGCCUGGGUGCCGGAGAGUCAGGACCACUUGAGGCGACACCAGCAACAUGCAGCAUCGGCGGCGGCAGCAACAUUAAUCCCAUGCAGCAGCAGCAGCAGCACCAACAUAAAGCACGCGCCAAUCUAACGAACCAACCCACCAUUCCCGGCAACUCCACCAACAACACCACCAACAUAACCCAGAACACCAACAACAACACCACCUUGAAGCGCAGCCAUCUGGGAAAUAGAGAAAGGGAAAGGUCGCUGGUGACCGCAGCCACAGCGGCAACAACAACAGCAUUGGCCACCACCAUAACAACAACUUCUCGUAACGCCAAAACCGCCACAACAACUACAACACUUGCCAUCACAGGGUCGAGCAACAAUUCCACCGAGAACAACUACAGCAAUGCCAGGGAUCUGUCGCAGGAGGCAUUGUGGCGUCUUCAAUUGGCUGCCGCUGCCCAGUCUCAGCAGAUUUAUGUAGAGCGACCGCCAUCGGCAUUUAGUGGCUUGGUGGACUACAGUGGCUAUUCGCCGCACAUCCAGACGGUGACCAGUUCCCUUAGCCAGCAGAGUUUCACGCCACAAAGUGGAAGCUCGGCGGUGGCGCAACCCCUGGCGCCCCACGAAAUGUUGCAGGCAGCGCAGCGUUACGGAACUCUGAGGAAAUCCGGAAAGCAACCUCCUUUGCCACCGCAGCGUAAGGAUCUGCAACAGCAGCAGCAGCAACAGUCGAAACCGCAACAGCAAUUGGCGGAUAUAAUACAGGAUUUGGCAAAUUAAACUAAUUGCCAGUUAAGAGAGACAACAAAAAAAAGGGCAAACAAAUACCAUUUUGACAUUAGCAUUUAAGUAAGUAAAAAUAUGGAUAACAAAAAACUUUAAAUAUUUAGCUGUUUAAGUGGCGUGAAAAAUGCUAACCAAGCUAAUUAAGAGAAAACUUGCCUAUUUCGACCAAAAAAAACAGAACAC